AAAAAAGUUAAAAACAAGAAAAAAAAAUAAGUUCUCAAAUUUACAUAAAAAUUUUUAUAGGCCUUUUAAAACCUCAAAUGGUGUCAAAGAUUUACAGCCGUCAUCGUCAUCAACAGCAAGAGCAGCCGAUACAAAGUUGAAUAAAGCGAAAUUAAUGAAAACAGUAAACGUUUCUGCUAAUGGACAUUCGAAUUCAUCACAUCAUUUAAUCCAUGCUGAAGCACAGAAAAACAAUAGACGCAAUUUAUUUGAAAAUAUUACAAAUAGUAAGCAACAACAACAGCAGCAGCAGAAGAAAGGCGAAGAGAAAAUGCAAAAUCAACAGCCUGUGACAACUAUUGCGCCAAAAAUGGCAAAGGAAAUCAGUUUGAGACCGCUGGGAGGAAAUGACAACAAGCAGAAUGGAAAUUCAGUUGGAUUGCUAACGUCACCGAUAAAUAUACGACACAAUGAGAAUGACAUAAAAUCGCCUGCCCAUCAUUUUGGAUCACCGUCUCGUGUACAUUGUACAUCAACAACAUCUAUGAUGAUUCCUGAGCGUGACAUUGGACCAAGAAUGUUGGCAUCACCUCCUACGCUUACGCAAGCUACUCCAUCAAAUGCGACAAUUGUACAUCCGAAUUAUAAACCAAUUCCACAACGUGCUGUGCUUGGACCAACGCGAGGCAUAACGGCUCAAAGUACACCCGUAAAAGCACAACCAGCUCUAAUAAGCUCAAGUCUAGCCGGAAAAGUUUUCGUUCCUACAUCCGCCGGAAUGUCUUUUCAGAAUGGACAUAGCUCAUCAUCAAAUGGCCAUUGCAAUAGUAAUAUAAGCAAAAUUGAUGUUGUCACAACAAAUGGCGCCGAUAUUGUGGACGAUAAGCCCAAACAUUUUCACGCACAAAAUCCUGCAAAUUUGCCAGCUCCACAACCAACAAAACCAACGACAAUACAGUUUUUAUCAUCACCGUCUCACAAUGGUCCAAUAAAUCAUCCUCCCGUGCCUCAUCAAUUUCAUUCUCAACAACCACAAAUGAGUAACAAUAGCAGUGGCAUGUUACAGCAACAACAUCAUCAAUCUGCUGUUGGAACUGGGAAUCCACAACACUUACAACAUAAUAAUCAAGUGCAACAUCCGUCACCGCAGCAUCACCAGCAGCAACAGCUACAGCAACAAGCACAGCUUCAUCCACUCAAACCAAAAACAUCUAUGAAUGUGAAUGUAACAAGAAGUCAUCAUCAUAAUGGAAAUAUUAGUAGUGGAAGCAACAACAAUAGUAAUCCUCAAGAAUUUCAAGUAUUUCAUAAGCAACUACAACAAGACAGUUCCUCUGAUGAGAAUCGAUCAUCGGGUCAUGCGUCGAUGUCAGAUACAGGCGGUCAUGGUAGUAGUUCACCCGGAAGUAAUAAAACUGGAAAUGGACAAUUGGGUUCAGUUCCUGAAGAUAGUCGAUUAGCAGCGGGUGUUACAAGUCGUAAUGGACGUUCAAGGGCAAGUACAGGAAAGCCUCGACAUCGUGCAGUACCUACAAAAAAUCCAUGGAGCGGUAGUGGAUUAGAAGAUAUUAAAACGGCAAUACAGCAACUUACAUUGAGAUCACAAACAAGUACGAGCACGUACAGUAGUUUAAGUGCUGGUUCGGAAAGUUCAGAACCGGCUAGACGACUAGGACGAUACUCGUCAUUAGAGACAGUCAAUACAAAUGUUACAAGUGCCGAUGAAUUUGUAUGGGUUGACUCACAUAAUCGAUUAGUUGAAUUACAACAUCCACCAUGGAGUCAGUAUUGUCUGAUGCGUGUUAUUAGAACCGGAAGAUGUAAAGACUUUUCUGACCGAAUCUCAGCUGAGGCUGUUCCUCGACUCGGAUAUUUAUUGACUCGUGCCUUAGUGAGGAUUUCGAGAGAAAUUCAAAGACUCUCAAGUAUAUUAGGUUUAUGUUCAAAACAUGAAGUUGCUGGUGCCUUUAAAAUUGUCCUAUGUCCAGCUCUUGCCGAUUCCUGCAUAAAAGCAUGCCUGCGAGCAGCAGCAAUGUUUGCAUUAUCUGGUGACGGAACAUUUAAACAAACAAAAUCUUCACGAGCUGGUCUACAAUUGCCAGUCGGAAGGUUUCAUCGCUGGAUGAUUGAUGCACGCUUGGGAAAAUUGGUUCAUGAAUAUGCGGCAGUUUAUUUAUGUGCCGGAUUUGAAAAUUUAUUGGAAGAAAUUUUAUUGCAAUGUGUGCCAUCUGAAACGACAGCAACGCUUACAGCAAUGGGAUUGGAACAUGCCAUUGCAAAUUCCGGUGACUUAUGGGGACUCCUUCAACCUUUUGUACAUUUAAAUGCCGGAAGAGUUGCUUCUGGUGCACUCACAAUGCCUCGUUGGACGAGUGAAAGUUCGGUUGGUGGUUCGAAUUCGAAUUCAAUUGUUGUCCAUAAUCAGCAUAGUAAUAAUAAUAAUAUGAACAAUAGUAGCAAUAAACAGGAACCAUGUUUACUCACCACAUGCGUUGGCAGUCUCUCAGAAUUGAAAGACUUGGUUAACCGAUCCCAAAAGCGUAGCAAUCAUAUCACUAUGUCACAGGCAGCAUUGCGUGAACUCUUUUAUUUUAUGAGAUGUUCACAGCUGGAGCAUAAUGAAGCAAACAACGGCAGUGGAGGCAACAAUGUAAGCAGUCAUAACAAUAGUAACAAUGGAAAUGGUAGUAGUAAUAAUCCAACAACAGCCCAAGCAUCUAAUGCGACAAACAGUAAUGCUAUUACUAAUAAUAACAUUCAAGAGCUUUGCUAUGAGCGUGCAUACAUUGUAUUACCGCCAUUGAUUGAAUGGCUUCGAGUAGCAUCGGCCCAUACAGAAUAUCGACAUUCGACAUUGAUUGAUAGAAAUGAUAUUAUACAAGCAGCGCGUUUACUCUUACCGGGUGUUGAUUGUGCACCGCGUCAAAUAUUAUGUUAUGAGGAAUUGCCAUCAGCAAAAUUAUACACAAUACCAUCAAAUAUUCCAUACAAUCAUGGGUCAAUAUCAUCAAACUCAUCAAGUUCUAAUAGCAACGAUGAUUAUGCCGAGUGUGGGAGACGUGCAACGAUUGAAUUAGCAUUUCGAUUAAUGUUAUCAGGUAUACCAGAGUUAUUAGUUCAAGCCAUGUCACUUGUGCCACCGACGACAAGAUACGAUACAUUAAAUCAUCUGGGACUCACACCACUAAUGGUUGCUUCAAUUCUUAAUGAUGAGACAGCUAUUCAAAUGCUCCUCGAUUCGGGUGCAAAUCCAAAUAUUGAAGUUCCCACAAUCGGUCAUCCAAACUGCCCUGCCAUUCAUCCCGAAACACAAAAUUGGACAGCAUUAACAUUUGCAGCAUGUCGUGGAAAUUAUCAUGCAUUAAGAGUACUCCUGGAACGUGGUUCAAAAGUGGAAGGUGGUGCACGAUUGAGUGAAGAAAAGUGUACAUUUACGCCGUUGCAAGUUGCAAGCGGCUCCGGAUGCAUUGAGAACGUGUCUGUUCUUCUUGCACAUGGAGCAUCAUCGUUUCUAUCAACAAAGCAAAAUUCUAUGGCAUUUUCGGGUAAAGCACAACAAGGAUGCUUUAGUGCAAUAUCUGUGGCUACAUCACACGGACAAAGAUAUACUCUUAGAAAAUUACUGUCACAUCCAUUUGUGCCUGAAAAGCAGCGAGAUGUGUUGUCAUUAGAAGAAAUGCUUGCGGAAGGCGAUGGAAAUACGCGUUCGUCGCAUGAAAGGCAAAAUGAGGUUCCACCAUCGCUAAGCAAGACACAAAUUCGUGCUCUGCAGGAAGCCAUGUAUCAUUCAGCUGAAAAUAAUUAUUUAGACAUAACAAUAGAACUACGAGCUUUGGGAGUUCCAUGGACUUUACACUGUUGGAUGCAUGCACUGGCAGCUGCUCAUGAGCUUCGUUUGGAUACGGUCAUUGAUCAAUUGUUACAGGAUUUUCUACAAGUUUGUCCUGAUGACUAUAGUCAACAAUUCGUAACGGAAUGCUUGCCAUUGCUCUUUUCCAUUUUCCGAUACAGUAAAAAAGAAGGAACGACAUUGCUGUUGGCAGAUAUUUUUAGUACAUGCUUUGGCUGGGAGCCAAUAAAACCCAUAAAAGAGACUGUCCUGCAACCGGUUAAUGGGUCACGCAUUGAUCCGAAAUUUGUCAACAAUUCCGAGCUUAGUGACGUAACGUUUAGAGUGGAAGGGAAAAUUUUUUAUGGACAUAAAAUUGUUCUUGUCACUGCAUCGCCACGACUCCAAAGCUUAUUAAGUUCAAAGGUUAGUGAAGGAAAUGGAACACCAACCGUUCAAAUCAACGACAUACGAUAUCAUAUCUUUGAGUUGGUCAUGCAGUAUUUGUAUAGCGGUGGAACACACAGUUUAGAACUAUCAGGCAAUGAUGCUGAUGUCCUAGAAUUGAUGGCAGCUGCUAGCUUUUUCCAACUGGAAGGUCUUUUACGAUACACUGAAGCUCGUUGUGCUGAAAUAAUCGACAUUGAUAAUGUUGUUGCUAUGUACAUUCAUGCUAAGGUGUACAAUGCAUCUAAAUUAAUGGAAUAUUGCCAAGGAUUUCUACUACAAAAUAUGGUCGCAUUGCUUACAUAUGACGACUCAGUGAAGCGUUUACUCUUUGCAAAAAAAAUUCCCAAUCACGAUGUUCUGAGUGGUUUACUAACGACAUUACAAAAGCGUAUUGAAACACGGAGACAUUCGCAGGCAACAGGACCGACAUCACAAAAUGUAAACAUGAAGCCGACUGCGGCAAUGAAUGGAAAAGCAAGCCACCAUAAUAUUACAACCACAAACAAUAGUUCGAAUGUAUUGAACAAAAGUAACAAUAAUCUGACUGAAUAGAUUCAUUUUCCUUGUACAUGAUUAUUUUGUUUUUAACUUGUUGUAGCUUAAUAGAAAUAAAUUUUAUAUAUUUUUAAAAUGUUAAUGCACAAAAUUAUUACAAUUGUGAUGCGUGAAGAUUUAUGUUCACAUUUAAUUAAAAUUAAAUUGAUUUUGCGUGAUGCACUGAGAGAAAAUUGGAAAUUCAAGAGAUGGGAUUUUGCAUUAUUAUUUGAUACAAGCCAGGUCAUGCUGUGGCUAGAACUGAAAAAAGAGAUAUGAAAUCAGAACUAGGCAGUCCAACUGCGCACUUUUGAGUGGGACACACCCGCUUUUUUGAACAAUGUCCCGCCUAAAAUCGUCAAUUUCCCGCUUUUUUGAGCCUAUUUAUCUUGAAAAAUUUGGUUUGUCUGGCUUUUUCAGAGCUAAAAAAGGGACAUGACCCGUUUUUUGAGCAAAAAAAUGUUGGCUUUAUUCUUGGCUGAAAAAAGCUUAGCCAUCGGGAGGGGUUCGAGGGGAUCAGACCUCCUCUAAAGUUUGCCGUUGCUCAAAUUUGCAAUUUAACCAUUAAAGUCUCAUUAGAACCAAUAAAAACUGCAUCACUUAGAGUGUAGCAAUGGCUAGACACCAAUAAUAUAUCUUUCCAGUGUAAAAAUUUGCAUAAUCAUAGGUUUCAAUAACCCCAAUAAUUUACGAACGACAAUUGAAUAUUUUUCAAUUAUUCAAACAAUUUUAACUUCAUCCACAAAUCACAAAUGGCAAAUAGUGAUGGUAUGCAUUACUUCUCGUACCCCCUAGAAUGAAUGAGCUACAUCCAUAAAUAUUUGCUGAUAAAGCAAUUAUAAUUUUAUUAUUUGGUUGUAUAACAAUAUUAAACUAAUGUUUAAUCAAUGCAUGGAAUUUUAAUGUUCAUCCCACAUAAUACUAUUUACCACAUUUAUAGCUUUACUCGUAUACAUCCACACACAUGCCAAUAAUUGUUAAUUUUGAGCACAUAAUAAAAAAAAAGUUUUAUUACAUUUUAUCGAUUUUAUUUCAAUGAUGAGUGGAGUAAGGAGAAAAUUGUUUAUUGCUUAACAAUUAUGGAUGGGGUAGAAGAAGAAAUUAAUUAAAUUUUAUUGAAAAAUUAUAAUGAGCAAAUAAUUCUAAUGUGAACAUGAAAUAUUUUAAUUCGAAAAUCAAAUAAUUAUUGCAGAAAUUAAUUAUAAAUUUAAGCUUAUAUUUGAAUUACUCAAUUUUGGGAAUAUUUAGAUAUGAUGGUAAUCAGAGGGAUUUUGAGAAUUUGGAGGACAAGGGUUUAAUAAUAAUGUGAGAGGGUUCCAUCCAAGCGAUGUGUUCCAACACGUUGCGACGAGCUAGAAGCACUGCGAUCCUGAUCGAUGAUAGAAUCUAUUGUACCGUUUCCCAAAUGGCUUAAGUUAAUGAGAGAAAUUUGAAAAUUUUUCUGACCUAGAUUUUUUUUUUUCACACAGAAAACUUGAUAAUCCUCGCUGAAAUAAUUUCUGGCUACGCCCCUGAUAUUAAAAGUUUAGGAGAUGGGUCUAAUGCUGGCUCUGCACCAAUGUGCAAAAUAAAUCAAAUAAAAAUGCAAAAUCUAAUCAUCUUAACCAUAAUUGUAUAAAACAAUCACACAUCCUUAGAUAGCAUCCUUAAAGAAAUGUUGAAAAAUGCAAGCAUAAAAUAAUGGAAUUUUUAUAUAUGCUAAUAUUGUAGCUCUACACUUUCCUUGUUCACCAAAAAAUAAAAUGGAUUUUUUUUGUCUUAAAUAUGAAAUUUUAAUACAAACAAUAAAUAAAAUAUGAAUUAGAUGAAAAAAAAAUGUCUUGAAAAACAUUGAAUGCAGUUUUGUUGGUGCUAAUUUAGUUUUACGGAAUGCAAAUAUUUUCUCUAUUUAUUCUCAUUUGAAAAUUGUAAAGUAGUUUUUGUCUAUUCAUUGCAUAUAUU